AUGACCACUUCUGCCCCAACAACAGUUACUGCCCCUGCAACUGUCACUACUGGCCCACCAACCACCAUCAGUACCUUUGCAACCACUACUAGUACCCCUACCACUACUUUUGCUACCCCAAUGACCACUUCUGCAAUAACAACCACUGCUGCCCCAACAACAACAACCAUUACUGCCCCUGCCAUCACCACUACUACCCCAACAACCACCAUUAAUAUUACCCCAACAACCACUUCAACUACUCCAAUAACAACUAUUACUGCCCUUUUAGUCACUACUACUGCUACAGUAUCUACUACCACCCCAACAACCACUACCACUGCCAGCCCAACAACUAUUACUACUACCCCAACAACCAGCACUGCCACCCCAACAACCAUUACUACUACCCCAACAACCACUACCACUGCCACCCCAACAACAAAAACUACCACUCCAACAACCACCACUGUCACCCCAAUAACCAUUACUACUACC